CGAAAAUUACACCUUCUGGUAAAAUUAGAGUCUUAGUCUUGGGAAACUCUGAGCCAGGAAUUCCUUUCUCAGAUCCAUUCAACCAUUCACUCACUCACACACACUCUCUCUCUCUUCAUCAUGUAGUAUGACGUAAAGUAGCAAAAAGCCUCUAAUCCUCCUCCGGGUCCUCCCAACUGCUUCUUCACAUCUACUGCACCUCCAACCUCUCUCUCUCUAAAAACAAAUAAAACAUGGUGUGUUUGUGAAUUGUGAAUUGUGAAUUGUGAAUUGUGAAGGUAAAUAUGAAUCGCAGCUACAGAGACUACAACUCCUCCUCCGCCGGCAACGGUGGCGGAAGAACUACUCCGGUGGUUUCAUCGCAGCAACACCACCGUAGAGGCAACAGUUUCACCGCUAUCUCUAAAAAAUGCGAUGAGAAUCUCGAUCUUUUCUCCCGCUCCCGCCGCACCGUCUCCCUCACUCCCGAUCACCAUUCCGACGUGUCCCUCAAAUUGGGGAAGAUUUCAGUUGGAUCUGUCAAAUUACCUGCUAGGAAUGGAUUAGAUGAUCUUUUGGCGUCCUCUGAUGGUGGAAAACAUGAUUAUGACUGGCUUUUGACGCCUCCAGAAACUCCUCUUUGUGCUGCAUCAGAGAGGACUGAGUUUCAACCUAGCAUAGCUACUCCAAGAAACAGAUCUGCUACUAGAUCCACCUCAACAACCAAACCUUCCAGGCUCUCAACUGCGCAAUUGGACAGCAGCCAUUCGUCAAGACCAGCAAGGAGCAGCUCUGUGACACGCUCAUCUAUAGCUUCUACCAUUAACAACACUUAUUCUUCAAAUAGACCUUCCUCGAUUUUGAACACAAGUUCAGCCUCUGUUUCAUCUUACAUAAGAUCAUCCUCUCCCAUCACGCGUUCGUCAUCUAGCUCAAGACCUUCCACUCCGUCCACUCGAACGACGUCCUCGCGUUCUUCUACUCCUUCUAAGGCACGUUCAACUUCCUCUAUCUCGUCUAGCGACAAAACCAGGCCAUCACAAAACUCUAGACCCUCUACUCCUAAUUCUAGACCGCAGGUCUCUUCUAACUCAAGUUAUCCUGUCACUCGAUCUAAUUCUCGUCCAUCAACUCCAAUACGGCGUAGCCCAUCAUUUAAUUCCUUAGCAGCACCCAGCCUAUCUGUUUCAACGGGGCGUGUAAUGUCUAAUGGACGUAGCCAGACGUCAACAUCCCGUCCUAGCUCCCCUAGUCCUAGGGCUCGACCACAGCAGCCAGUUAUUCCCCCUGAUUUUCCACUUGAUACACCACCCAAUCUAAGGACAACAUUGCCAGAUAGACCUAUUUCUGCUGGGAGGUCAAGACCUGGUGCUGGCCUGACAUCAAAGGUAAACUCAGAGACUCCAAGCUCUGUUAAUAUGCCAAGAAGGCCAUCAUCUCCUGUUGUGAGCAGGGGUAGGUCUGCAGAACCACAUGGUAGGGGCCAUCUUCACUCUAAUGGGCACAAUGCUGAUGUUUCUGAACCUCGGAAAUCGACAUAUGUUUCUGAUUCAAUGAGGAAACCUGUCAAGGCAUCUACAACCAUGGAGAAUGGUAUGGGAAGGACUAUUUCGAAAAAGUCACUUGACAUGGCAAUCAGGCAUAUGGAUAUUAGAAAUGGUUCAGCGAGCAUGCGACCGCUUCCAAGUACCUCCCUGUUUCCUCAGAGCAUCAGGUCUGCACCAUCCAAAAUCCAAACCACUCAUGGGUCUGGCAGCCCAACAUCUGUUAACAGUAAUGGAAGCCCAUCAGUUAGUAGUAAUGGAUCCAUUUUAGAGAAUGGAAUAUAUGCUAAUGGGUUUCUUGAGAAUGGGAAGAAAGAUGAAAAUGGCAGGUUGUUUGGGAGGUUGACUGGUGCUGACAUGUAUGAGAGUACUCGAUAUGACGCAAUCCUACUAAAAGAGGACCUCAAGAACACUACUUGGCUGCAUAGUGUGGAUGAUAUGUCUGAUCAGUGUUCAAUUUUUGAAAAUGGGUUUGAGCCUCUGCCUGAACCAUUUGGCCUCUCAUGAUUGAUACCUUGUCCCUGUAUAUUACAUCAUACUGAUUAUUUGAGUUAGCUAUAGCAAAAGCUAUUUGGUUAUCUCUACGUAAUCAAACGUCUCAUUUUUUGGUUGGAGAAGAGCUGAAUGUCUGUCCAUUGAUUGAUUGAUUCUCAAAGAAAAUUACUCCUGGGUUUUAGAUGUUGCUAAGUUUCUGGAUGAUGUAGUUGAUAAGAUAUGUUUUACUUUCAAGUCCUGGAUACUUUCCAGGCAAUAGUCAUAUAGUGCUGUAUAUUUGAUUCAUUUGGCUAUGAUAUAUAUAUUAUGAUAUUGAUGAUUAUGCAUUA